AUGGAUUUGAGUAGGGAUUUGGAAAGGGAAAUGAAACACAACAUUAAUCUCAUCAUUCUUCUGUUUCCUGCAUUGGAAUUUGGGGCUGAGAAUAUAGUGAUCGUGAGAUACAAGAAAGGGAGAAUUGUUGAGGUCCUGAGCAAGAAUGAGGUGCCAUCAGGCUCAUGGCAUUGUGCUGAGAUAAUCUGUGGUAAUGGGCACAACUACACUGUUAGAUACGAGAUGGGCCCUGCUGCUACCGAUGAGGCGAUUGUUGAAAGGGUAUCUAGGAAGUCAAUUAGUCCCUGUCCUCCUCCAGUGAAACUAUCGGAGAAUUGUGUUCCUGGUGAUGUUGCAGAGGUGUUUCAGAAUUUUUCUUGGAAGAUGGCAACUGUUUCUAAGGUUUUGGGUAGGAAUUGCUUUUUGGUUAGGUUACUUGGAUCCUCCCAUGAAUUCAAAGUCAGUAAAGUUGACCUCCGGGUGCGACAAUCUUGGCAGGGUGGCAAAUGGUUCAUGAUUGGAAAGGUAGUUUUUUUUCUGAAUCUGUUUUCGGCUUGCAACUCAAAUAUUCCAGUGUCCGGUAUUUAUUUAUGUAUUAUUUAGGAGUUCUUGUUUUGAAUUCU